GAGCCUUACUUUUUUUUUUUUUAAUACAAAUAUUAGAAGGCCUUAAUUUAAUUUUUCUUGAAUUGUGUGUCAGGCAUGUUCUUGGGUGACCUAAGCCUCGGCUCCACAUCUGUACCACAAGGAUCCAGGCUGGACUUUUCUUCACAGAUUCUUGUGAACAAAGUGAGGCGCCUUUAUGUAAUCCAUUGUCCAUGAGCCAGUGAUGCCCUGGAUCCUGGGAGUAUAGGGAGGUUGUAGGAACCUGCUGUGAACAGUCAUUCUGGGGCUCCAGUUUCCCCAGUGCCCUGUAGUAAAAGUAUAGAAUUUUCUCAGUGUACCUAGAUGUGAAAUAGUACGGGGAAAACACAUUAGCACAAUGCCAGUGCGUUGUAAGCACUUACUCAGGUGACUGUCUAUUUCUCUCCAUGAACAUCCAUAAAAGCAUGGAGGCAUGGGCAAGAUCAGGGACCAAUGACACUGAUAGAAAGAAUGUUGUCUGUAUAUGAAGUCACUGUUUGAGCUGGAUCUUGAAGGAUGAGCCAAUGUGAGCCUAACAAAGUAAGACUGGAAAAGCAUUCCAAGUAUGGGGAACAGAGAAGCAAAGGCAGGAAGUGGGCAAGUGAACUGAGUAUUCAGAAAGUGGUGGAUGAGUAUCCUAGUGUGGCCAGAUUGUUGCUGUUUUUUGUUUGUUUGGUUUGUUUGUUUGUUUGUUGUUGUAUGUGUGUGUGUGUUUUUUUUGGUGUGUGUGUGUGUGUGUGUGUGUGUGUGUAUAAAUGAGUUUGGAAUGACAGGUUGAGUCAACAGGGAAAGGUCUACAUGGCUUGGCCUAAUACUGUGCCCCCCUUGCUUGAAAUAGAAAGAUCAAGGCAGAAGUUGGGAUGGGAUCACAGGAAGGCUGACAGUCCACAGGAAGCCAGAGGGGGAAGUCCCAUGUUCCCUGUCAAAGCUUAGAGAAACAUUCUCAGAAAAGAUCCUGGAGUCCAUGUGUUUCCUUUAAAUAUGCUUUGUGUUCUGACCUAUAGUCUUCUUCCAGAAAAAAAAAAAGCUGGCUGCGUCCUGAGGAUCAAGAUGAAUUCCGCAUUAUUUCAGAGGCCACCUUGAUCUAUAUCUCCCUGUGGAACAAAGCUGCUUUAUCUUGUCUACGUCCAAAUGACGUAAGAGUGGGAGUGGGCAAAGCUGACUUCAGUGACAUGUAGGUGGGGGUGUCUUUGGCCUGUGGCCAAAGUGUGGCGCUGUUUCCUAAAACACCACACUGUGAGUGCCUAUUUGGGGAGUAUGUGUUCUAUAAGAUGGUGGUCGGAACCAUGGGGAUGGAUCUCUUCAUGAGCUGAUUUUAUAAGAGGCUUAGAGGUUGGGGAAAUGGCCACCUCCGAUGGAAUUUAUGUAAAGACCCUUUGAACCUCUGAGUAAACCAGUCAACAUCCACAGCUUGAGUGGAAUCCAACCACAAUUAGGACUUUUGGUGUCUUUAUUGUGGGCCAGGCCAGCACUUUUAGAAAAUUUCAAUUAGAUGGCAGCUCAAUUCCAUAUACUCUCAUCUGGAUAUUGGGGCAUUUCUUAAAAGUUCAAGAACUCUCCAUUUGUUUCAAAAAAUGUAUAUACAAAAAAAAAUUAUGACUUCUGAAAAUACCAACCCCAAUGCCACAUGUUCUCAGCCAACUGGAGCUGAGUGCUGACCUUACUACCAGGACCUACCCGGAUUGCCACAGUCCCCCCUGCUCUUUAGUGUCUCAGCCCCAAAGGCAGGUCGGUUGCCAUUUAUUGCCAUUUGUGUACUAUUGUUCUUCUUAUGGCUGAGUUAAGAAGAAAAGUACAACUUCUUGUGCCCAGAUAUGAAAAGAGAGGUGGCAAAAUAUAAUGAGGUCCACAUCUUCUUUGGCAAGUGAGUCUCCUUCUCUAUGUUUAACAUCAAAAUGAAAUAUGUCUGUUUUUAAGGAAUACAGCUGGAGUCCCCAUUAUGAACCAAAUCAUCCUCAUUUACAUUAUGCCCAUAAAUAAUUUAGUAGGAAAACCUAAGGGAGGUACUGUGAUUGUCCUCAAUCUGUAGAUGCACACACAGAGGUUCAGAGAGGUUAUGUGACAGCUGUGACAAGGGUUAGGUGAAUGCUCUGUCAUUCUGGUAUGAGACUGCCUAUCAAAGGUUGACCAGAAUGAAGAUCCCAUGUGUGACCUGAAGGUGAAUUUUUUCAGCAGAAAUCCCCAGAUCAGGAACUCACUCCCUACCAGCCAUUCGGAGGCCCUGGAUUCCUCUGCCCAAUAGUCACUUCAGGUGCCUCAGUGAAAACAGAGACUCAGACACUGAGAUGUGUUUCCCAGCUCAUCCACUCAUCAACCCAACAUUUACUGAGAAUGGCAGGUAGGAAAAUAUCAGACAAUGGAUGCAGGGAGUCCCAGAUUUAACUCUGGGCUCCUCAUCCUUCUGGCUGUGUGACCUUGGACAAAACCUGAAUAUCUCCAUGCUUCAGUUUUCCAUCUGUAAAAUGGGGUGAAUCACCGCUUCCCAUAUCAUAGAAUGGAUGUGAUGAGAACGAACAGAGAGAUUUCGGUAAAAUGGACCUAGCACAGUGCUUGGCAGCUAUGAUUAUUUUUGUUGUUUAUAACUUUCUCCAGAGAUAUUGCUGCAUCAAAGAGUCCCUCAAAGAGGGUCUCUGCGAGGCUGAGCUGUCCUCCCAAACUGGCUGCUGGGGGAAGAGGAAGGGCUUGGAGGGCGCGGUCUAAUGUCCUGUGUGUAACCCUCCGCCCACUUUACACCAACCACUUUCCCUGCAGGCGCUGGCUCCCUCCGAAGGGGCGUGGCUGGGAGGAGUGUGAAGAGAGCUGCACAGGUGUGUGCCCUGUGAACACCCUGUCUGCCUGGGCUCCUAUAAAAAGGGCCUCCCCUGCCUUGCACUGUAGAUGAGACUUGCUCUGGCACCCGGGAUUGCACUGCAUCUGCAUACUCAGAACAAGGUUCCCACCAAACUAAAGACAUGAGGAUUCACAGCCUCACCUUGCUGUCCUUCCUCCUUCUGGCCGCUCAGGUGUUCUUGGUGGAGAGCAAAAAGGAAGUAAAGAAAAGAGGUGGCAGCAAAGCCACCACAGAAAAAACACAGACACUGGGCAAGCCCUGGAAUGAGCAGAGAAGCCAGCCACCCAAGCACCUAACCAAAGGCAAGUUUGUCACCCAAGACCAGGCCGACUGCAGAUGGGUGGUGACUGAGAAGGAGGAGGGCAUUGUCCUGAAGGUCGAUUGCACCCGACAGGAUAACAAGUUUUCCUGUUCCUUUACGGGCAACCCAACUUCGUGCCUGGAGUCGACCAAAAAGGGUGCCUAUUGGAAACAAAUCGGCCGGAGCCUGCGCACUCAGAAAGUCAUCUGUGGGGACUCAAAGAGCAUCCUGAAGACCAGGGUGUGCAGAAAGAAGUUCCCAGAAUCCAAUCUGAAGUUGGUGAACUCUACUCUAAUUGGGAAGAAACCCAGCCAGGAGACAAUGGAGCCCUCUCCCAGGGAGCAGACCAUGACCAAUGAGGCCUCCCUCAUGGAGCCUAACAAGGUCAAAGAGAACACCCUCGCUGGCCCAGCAGAGUCCUCCAUCAAUCCCGAGUGUCUGGAGGACCCAGACAUGAUGAACCAGAAGAAGGCAGCCCUGGAAUACUGUGGGGAGUCCUGGAGCUCUUUCUGCAAAUUCUUCUUCACCAUGGUGCAGAGUGAAUCAUGUUAAGGAGGUCAAAAGAGAACAGAGCUCCAUCAGGUGCAUGUCCAAGCCUUCAGGAUGCUGUAAAGCUCUCCAAGUUCCCUGUAAAACGAACAUUUCUAUGAGCGCGCAGGAAUUCAACAGAAUUUGUAAUUUUUUUGUUUUUGGAAUUUGCUUUAUAUUCAUUUCCUUAGGUGUGAUUUUCAGAGGUUGUUGACUGCAAUGUUUCCACGGCCCACAAAGCUGUGUGCAUCUGAGCAGUAAUGACCACUCUUUGAGCUGAAUGAGCCAGAGGGAUGAUUUCAGUGUGAUGCACUUUUGCUUAAUUAACAAAAUUAAUAAAGCUCUGUGCAUUUUUCAAAAAUUUUCAA